UUAUGCCUGGUUUUUUCUUUGUUUUUUUCGUCUCUGAAGUGAAGUUAUGGCGACGAUUGAAACAUCGGUAACAACGCCACCGCAGACACCAUUACAGGCGUCAACGCAUGGUACAACACUUGCUAGGUCACGAUCGUCGCCGAACAAGUUAUCAGUGUCAAAUCCAUGGCACGGAAGUCAACGUACAAUGAAUUCAUCGGUUCAGACGCGAUCAACAUAUCAUGAUCAUGAAGAUUUUUCAAAUGCAAUAUAUGUCGGGAAUUUGGAGAUGACAAUUAAUAAUGAUGCAUUGAUGAAAAUUUUUGGCCGUUUUGGGACUAUUGAGAGUGUCUAUCGUCCUCCGAUACAUACAGACAAGGCGGAUCGGACGACACAUUUUGCAUUUAUUAAAUAUACGGACGCAGAAUCGGCACAACGUGCGAUGCAACAAGCAGAUAAUAUAUUACUUGGACGACGACGAUUAGUUGUUCGACCAAGAAUUCGUUCGUAUGUAAACCGAUCGAUUAAUCGAAUUCCUUCGUUGUCACCUCAAAAAUCAAAUCAAUGCCCACCUCUUUCAUAUUCACAUAUGCCACCGCAAUGUUAUCUUCCGUAUAAUACCCAUGUUAAUCAGAAUUUUAUGAGCAAAAUAUUGUCUGUUUUUAAUUUGCCAUACGAAAUGACACCUAAGGAUUUGUUUUGUCUAUUUAGUGAAUUAGGACGAGUUGAAGGCGCGUUUAUAUAUAAUGUAGUAGAUAGUCGUGGAAGGAGAGUAGGAGAAGUAGCAAUGGGAAGUUUUUAUCAUGCAAAAAAGGCACUUGAAAGUUUAAAUAAUACGACGCUUAAUGGAUAUAUACUUGAACUUGCAUUUAAACCGCCAACAUUAUCUACUCCUCAAUUUAUUCCACCUAUCAAUUCUGGACAUUCAAUGAUGUAUGUACCACCUAAUUCGAUGUAUUCAUCAUGGCAAUAUUCGCCUUCGCUUUAUCCGGUUCCUAACCAAGUACCUAUGCCAUGGUCUUAUCCACAUGUCCCAAUUGAUGAGGCAAUGGCAAAUCUUUCAUUCUAUGGAGAAGAAUCUAACAUGAUGAAUUCGAGACGUAAUAGUCUGGCAAGUAGUGUUGCUAGUGGUGGAGGAUAUCCACAUGUUUAUGAUCAACAAAAGGCUAACAUUGAUCAUGCUAUUUCUAUGGGUGCUGGAGGACCACCUGAAGGAUCAGUCUUUUAUGAUCCAAUGACAGGAUUACCUAUACCUAUGCAGGCAUGUACAACUGUUAACGAAAUGCAAGAUACAUAUAUACCAACAGUAGCGACUUAUCAACCUGUACCUUUGGGUGCAAAGAAAACAGAAGCAACGACUAAACUUACAACACCUGUAACACCUGUUGCUCCUACGGUUUCUAUGGUUUCUGCUGCUCCUGUUUCUGCAACUUUCUCUUCUGCUCCUACGGUUUCUGUGGCCUCUGGUACUUCUACUGUUGCUGAGGUUUCUGCAACUUCUUCUGCUUCUACUGUUUUUUCAACUUCUCCUGUUCCAUCUAUUUCUGCACCUUCUGCGCCUUCGACUGCUUCAGCUGCUUCGACUGCUUCGACUGCUCCUGCUGCUCCUGCUGCUCCUGCUGCUCCUGCUGCUCCUGCUGCUCCUGCUGCUCCUGCUGCUCCUGUUGCUCCUGUUGCUCCUGUUGCUUCUGUUGCUUCUGUGGUUUCCACGACAUCUGUAGCUUCUGUUAAUACUUGUCAAAAUACGAAAACUGAAUCAUUUCAAAAUGCUUCCACAUCUAACACGACAACUUCUAAUUCUUUAAAUUCGUCUACGUCAUCUUUCAAUAAUUCUUCAUUGUCAGCGUCUAUUGUUCCUGAAUCUCAACCUAUAGAUCCAAAGAAUUUGUAUAUUAAAAAUCUUGAUGAUGAUAUAAUAUCACAUCCAUCAGAUAUUGAAACAUUGUUUAAACCAUUUGGGACAAUUGUAUCUUCACAUCUUGCUGUGGUUCCUGGAACUGGAAUUUCUAAAGGUUAUGGUUUUGUAGCUUUUAGUAAAGCAGAGGAAGCUAUAAAAGCUAAGAAAAGUUUGGAUGGGAGUAUGGUAGGAAGAAAGCGUGUAUUUGUUAGUUGGGCAGAGCGUCGUGCUGAUCGUGAAAAACGAUUAAAAGAAAUCUUUAAGGUUGAUAAUAGAGCGAAUAUUAUACAAAAUGAACUCGAAAAGGAUGUUUUUAAAACACAAGAUCCUUUAGUUGCGAAAGAUGAUGCUAAAGCAGGUGCUGUUUCUACUUUGGAAACCAAAUGUACUCAAAAAACCACUGAAAAUGCUACUGGAAUGAGUUUAGGAACAGUUAUUACGUCUAAUCCUAUGACGGUUUUAUCAAAAUGGCGUGGGACCCCAUUAUCUGGUAUAGUAGAAGUAGAAGAGCCUAGUGUUCAAGUAGAUAUCACGACGCCUACUGAGCAAAUAGCUUCAGAAUCCGAAUUUAGGGUCUAUUCUGAGGGCGUGAAAUCGUCUCAGAGUGUAACGACCGAAUCAGAAACUUUUGAGAAAAAUGAAACUGAUAAAGAUACUAGUCAAGGACAGGUAUGUUUAAGAGUUCGAGAUGAGAAUACUAGUCCCAAAAAAAAUGCUACUACAAAUAUUAAAAAGAAAGGUGGAUGGUAUAGAAAGCGUUGGAGUAGUGGAUGGGGAGGAAAUUAUGGAAAUAAGAAAGAAGACGGUGAUAGUCCUAUCAAAGAUACUCAAGGAGGGGAAAGUCCUAUUAAAGACAUUAUAUUAGAAAGAAUCGUGGAUAAAGAAAAUUGUGAAUCAAAAUCUAUUUAGCGAUAAAAUACAUAUUUAUAGGUGCAUCUGAUAAAAAUUAAAACU